AUGUCGAUCGGUGUGCCUAUUAAGCUGUUGCAUGAAGCUCAAGCUGAAGAUAACAUGAAUGUCCAGUUGAGAGACAUUACUGUCACAGCUAGGGACGGACGAGUAUCACAGUUAGACCAAGUCUAUAUUAGAGGAUCACAUGUUCGGUUCUUCAUUGUACCGGAUAUGUUGAAAAACGCGCCUAUGUUUAAGAAGGUCGGUCCGAAUGCUAUGAAAGGCAGAGGAAUCGGUCUGGGAAGAGGAAAGGCUACUGUUGCACGUGCACAAGCAAGAGGAGGAAGAGGAAGGAGUUUCCGUGGAGGUCCUCGCGGGCGUUCUGCUCGUUAA